UAUUUGAAGACAGAACAAAAAAAAUGAGGCCUCUAGUACAGCUGGCUUACUUUAUCUGUUUUAGCAUCUUUCUUGAGACGUGUCUCUGCAAAGUGAAACAUGACCAGGUUUUGGCUAUCACUGUAUCCUCACAGGAACAUGUGGAAGCAGUGCAGAACCUUACAAGUCACAACGAGACAGUAUUGUGGCAACCUGCUUCACCCAGUUACAUUACAACAAACUCUGAAGUUCACCUUUAUAUUCAGUCAACAAGUGUGCAGUUUGUCACAGAACAGCUUCGUAAACAUGCCAUUACAUUUAGAGUUCUUGUGGAAAACACGGCAGCACUGGUUGCGUUGCAGAUCAGAAAUGAUACAUCAGAUCCCCGAAGCGGAGGCGUCUUCUAUGAAAGAUAUCAUUCCUUAGAAGAUAUCUAUUACUGGAUAAAUAAGACCAGCCGAGAACAUUCAGACAUGGUGAAGGUCCUUCUUAUUGGAUCAUCUUCUGAGAAACGACCACUCUAUGUUCUGAAGCUGUCAGGCAGGAGGGAAGAAGAGGUGAACAGGGCCAUGUGGAUGGACUGUGGUAUUCAUGCACGGGAGUGGAUCGCUCCAGCCUUUUGCAUGUGGUUUGUCAAUUAUGCACUAGCAUUUUACAACCAGAACACUGAAAUCACAGAGAUGCUAAAUAAAAUGGACAUUUACAUCUUGACAAUGAUGAACCCAGAUGGAUACAAGUACACUUGGACAACAGAUCGUAUGUGGAGAAAAAAUCGUUCUGAAAACAAAGACAGCUAUUGUGCUGGAGUUGAUUUGAACAGAAAUUUUGAUGCAAACUGGUGCACUAAGGGGGCCUCCGAUGAUCCAUGCGAUCCCACAUAUUGCGGUCAGUUCCCAGAGUCUGAACCAGAGACCCAAGCUGUGGCAAAGUUCCUGCGCUCCCACAAGGACACAGUCAAGCUUUACCUCUCCAUUCACUCCUAUUCUCAGAUGCUCUUGUUUCCUUACUCCUGUUCCUAUAAUGAGAUUCCAAACCACACUGAACUGUUUGAACUUGUUAAAGAGGCCUCAACAAAAAUACGCAGAUACUACAGGAAUAACUAUAAAUAUGGAUCCGGUGCAAAAACCAUUUAUUUAGCUCCAGGAGGCUCUGAUGAUUGGGCAUAUGAUCUAGGGAUAAAAUAUUCCUUCACUUUUGAGCUUCAAGAUCGUGGUCAAUAUGGCUUUCUUCUCCCACCCAGCUUUAUCCCACAGGCUUGUAAUGAGGCUCUUCUGGCUGCAAAGGUCAUAGCUUUGCAUGUGAUCAACAAAACUCAAUGAAGUUUUCCACUACAGACAACCUGAGCAAACUAUGCGAUGCGCUACAGAUUCAAAUGAUGAACUUUUUCAGUUAAUUAAAAAAAUGUGUAGGCUACUUUAAAUGUUCUUAUUAUAGCUCAGAUGUAGCACUUUAUUUUAUAGUCCAGUUCCACAUUUACAUACGCCACAUAAUUACAGCUACAAUAACUGGGUAAUAAAUAACCCCAUGCCUAUACCUUUAAACCUGAGCCUUAGAGCAUUAAAGUGCAUGUAGGUCUACUGUAAAAUAAAGUGCAAACAUAAAUCCCUCGAUAAGUAAUAAAUAAUAAUAAUAACAAUAAAGAAAUUAACCUUGA